AUGCGCCAGUUGAAGUCCAAGGGCUUCGCGGACACAGUCCAGACCCUGCUGGAUCGUGAGUGGUCCAGACUGGAUUCUCCAUCUGGGCUAGCCUCGAUUCCCGAGGGUCGUGCCCUGCAGAUCGGUUUCGUAGGUCUCUCCUCGCCUCCUGUAGCCACUCCACCGCCCACCAGCUCUGUUGGCAAGCGGGGGAGAAAGAGGAGGCAACAGAGGACAGCCCCGAGUCCUGUGCCAACAUCCUCUCUCUCAGGCAACACAGGAAUUGAUGUUGAUAAUGGGAAAGACAACGACAUCUUUGACAUAAAUAAAGAGACAGGCCUUCAUUUGGUGGAGGGAGAUAUAGUGAUUGAUGAGACACAAAGCAAAAAUGCUAUUUUGGGAGAAAAAUAUCGCUGGCCUACCACCGUGCCGUACUUCUUGGAUAAGUCCCUAGAGAUUAAUGCCAAAGGUGUGAUCCUGAAAGCAUUUGAACAAUACAGACUCAAGACGUGUAUUGACUUCAAGGAGUGGAGCGGAGAACCAAACUACAUUUCUGUAUAUAAAGGCAGUGGAUGUCAUUCUUCGAUUGGGAACCGACAAGUUGGAAAGCAGGAAUUGUCAAUUGGUGCAAACUGUGCUCGUUUGGGAACUGUGGAGCAUGAGUUUCUUCAUGGUUUGGGUUUCUGGCAUGAGCAAUCCAGAUACGACAGAGAUGAUUAUGUUGUCAUAAUGUGGGAUCAGAUUGAAGAAGGUCACGCACACAACUUUGAGAUACACAGUGACAUGGUGUCAACCUCUCUUGGUGUGCCGUAUGACUACAAUUCUGUUCUGCACUACAGUAAGACAUCCUUCAACAAAGACAAAGAGCCAACAAUCGUCACAAAGAUACCAGAGUUCAUGGAUGUGAUCGGCCAGCGGACGGAGUUUAGUGAGAGUGACCUGCUCAAGCUCAACAGGCUAUAUAACUGCAAUACAUUUAUGAUUCUAACUCGUGCUGGCUUAACAUUCCUGGACUCAUGCCAGUUUGAACAGCCGAACAUCCAGGGUGAGGGUGGGAAUUCCAAGUGGACUCGAGUACAAUCGGCAGAGGGCGGUCCAAAAACAGACUUUUCCGUUCUGGGGCAAUGUCAAGGUUUCGGGUACUUCAUGCAUUUCAGCACAUUGACAGGAAAUCACGGAGACAAGGCGUACCUGGAGAGUCGUCUCUUUUACCCCACCAGAGGCUUUCAGUGCCUGCAAUUCUAUCAUUACAACAGCGGGGGCGAUGAUGAUCAACUAAACAUUUGGGUGCGUGUGUACACCGACGACGAAUCCAAAGGAGACCUGAGAUUGGUUGAGGCGAUAAGUGGGGGUCCUAUAAACUCCUGGGAGCUGUACCAUGUGAGCCUACAGGUCUCUCAAAAAUUCAGGGUGGUGUUCGAGGGGGUAAAAGGACGUCAUGCAUCAAAAGGGGGUCUGUCUCUGGAUGACAUCAACCUCUAUGAGACACAGUGUCCUCACCACACUUGGCGAAUUAGUGACUUUUCCAGCCUUCUCGAACACUUCAAGAGCUUUAUUAAAGGAAAUGACGUGAUCUUUGUCCUGUCUCUUGAAGCUUCCAACGGCAGUUCAACAGCAACGUUGGCGAUAAGCGUCUUUGUGGCAGCUGCCAUGUUUAUGGCUGUCGCCCUUGGCGCACUGUACUAUGUGCAGAGAGUUCGGAAAAGACAGAUGGAAAGAGAUGGAGAGGGUGAACCAGAGAAGACCGAUGGCUGUGAGUGUCCACAUGUAUAG